GAAAACACUGGAGAAGGAAAAGCCGCUGCUCGCCUGAACAGCUCUAGUCCCUCGAUUUAUAAUAAAUAAAUAAUAAAAGCACGUUAUUGUGUCUGGCUAUGAAGAUUUAAAACGUUGUUCUGCUUUAAAAAUCCCGAGCUGUGUGAGGACAUGAAAACAGAGACAUCCAAAGAUGGAGGGAUGUCAGAAGUCGGUGUGAAGAAAGAGGAGAUGCUGGAGCUGAAAAUCUACAACCAUGGAGAUGACCUCGACAACCCAUCUGAAGGUCUCGCCGUUAAAGUGGAAGAUCCUGACAAUAAAGACUACCUCUACUGUGAAGUUUGCAAAUCCUUCUUCCUCCACAAAUGUGAGGUUCAUGGACCGCCCCUUUUCAUCCCGGAUACUCCUGUUCCCAUGGGAGUCCCUGACCGAGCCAGACAAACUCUUCCUCCUGGGCUAGAAAUCCAGAAGUCCAGUAUUCCUGACACAGGUUUGGGAGUAUUUAAUAAGGGGGAGACUGUUCCAGUAGGUGCACACUUCGGACCCUACCAGGGAGAGCUGGUAAACGGAGAGGAAGCCAGAAACAGUGGAGACUCCUUGGUUAUGUACAGGAGCAUGCAGUGUGGAGAAUACAUCGAUGCCAAAAGAGAGAUGCAUAUGAAUUGGAUGAGGUAUGUGAAUUGUGCCCAUAAUCAUGAAGAACGGAAUCUUGUGGCAUUUCGAUAUCAAGGGGGAAUUCUGUAUCGUUGCUGUCAACCCAUUAACCCAGGACAGGAGCUCUUGGUGUGGUAUGAAGAGGAGUACGCCAAACAACUCUGUCCUGCACCUACAGGAACAACCAAACAGCAAGGAAUAAAGAAUGCUCUGCUGCAAGCCUUUUCCUGCGCCACCUGUUCCCUUUCCUAUGCAUCUCAAAUUUAUCUCGACAAACACAUCCAGAGAUGCCACUAUGAAGAGUAUGUGAGACUCCAGGAAUUAAGAGAGGGUAAAUAUGAAUUUCAAAUCCCCUCCAAAUGCUCCAGUAGUCAGCCAACAUCAACGGAGUCUCUCAGUUCUGACAUUUCUCACAAUGAUAUACAGAAGGAAAUUCACCACUGCUCAGACUUAGGAAAGAGUUUUGGUCAUCAGAAUGCACUCAAGCCAAACCAGUGCAGUCACACAGAAGAAAAUCCACAUUACUGCUCACAGUGUGGAAGGAGUUUCACUGAACAGAGUGAUCUCCAACGACACCAGCGUAUUCACGCAACAGAGAAGCCGUAUCACUGCUCACAGUGUGGGAGGAGUUUUACUUGUGAGAGUCGUCUCCAAACACACCAGCGCAUUCACACAGGAUAUAAGCCCUAUCACUGUUCUCAAUGUGAGAAAAGUUUUACUGAUAAGAGUAAUCUCAAAAAACACCAGCGCAGUCACACAGGAGAGAAGCCGUAUCACUGCUCACAGUGUGGCAAGAGUUUUACUCGUCGGAGUCAUCUCCAAACACACCAGCGCAUUCACAGAGGAGAGAAGCCGUAUCACUGCUCACAGUGUGGGAAGAGUUUUACUCAGCAGAAUGAUCUCCAAAAACACCAGUGCAUUCACACAGGAGAUAAGCCGUAUCACUGCUCACGGUGUUGGAAGAGUUUUACUCAGCAGAGUGCUUUCCAAAGACACCAGCACAUUCACACAGGAGAGAAGCCCCAUCACUGCUCACAGUGUGGCAAGAGUUUUACUCAACAGAGUAAUCUCCAACGACACCAGCGCAGUCACACAGGAGAGAAGCCCUAUCACUGCUCACAGUGUGGCAAGAGUUUUACUCGGCAGAGUACUCUUCAAACACACCAGCGCAUUCACAGAGGAGAGAAGCCAUAUCGCUGCUCACAGUGUGGGAGGAGUUUUACUCGUCAGAGUCAUCUCCAAACACACCAGCGCAUUCACACAGGAGAGAAGCCCUAUCACUGUUCUCAAUGUGAGAAAAGUUUUACUGAUCAGAGUAAUCUCCAAAAGCACCAGCGCUUUCACACAGGAGAGAAGCCGUAUCACUGCUCACAGUGUGGCAAGAGUUUUACUCAGCACAGUACUCUCCAAACACACCAACGCGUUCACACAGGAGAGAAGCCAUAUCACUGCUCACAGUGUGGCAAGAGUUUUCCUCGUCGGAGUACUCUCCAAAUACACCAGCGCAUUCAUACAGGAGAGAAGCCGUAUCACUGCUCACAGUGUGGGAAGAGUUUUACUCAACAGAGUGCUCUCCAAACACACCAGCGCUUUCACACAGGAGAGAAGCCAUAUCACUGCUCACAGUGUGGCAAGAGUUUUAGUCAGCAGAGUCAUCUCCCAAAACACCAGCGCAUUCACACAGGAGAGAAGCCGUUUCAGUGCUCAGAGUGUAGGAAAAGCUUUACUGAUCGGAGUAAUCUCCAAAAACACCAGCGGAUUCAUACAGGAGAGAAGUCAUUUCAUUGCUCACAGUGUGGGAAGAGUUUUACUGAUCCGAGUAAUCUCCAACAACACCAACGUAUUCACACAGGAAAGAAGCCGUAUCACUGUUCACCAUGUGGAAAGAGUUUUACUGAUCCGAGUAAUCUCCAAAACCACCAGUGCAUUCACACAGGAGAGAAGCCGUAUCACUGUUCAGUGUGGGAAGAGUUUUACUGAUCCGAGUAAUCUCCAAACACACCAGUGCAUGCACGUAAGAGAGAAGCUCCAUCACUGAUCAGUGUGGGAAGACGUUUACUCAUUCAGUUAGAUUUAAGACCUACAGGUGCACUAACUUGGAGACCUUGCAUGAUUAAAGUUGUCAAAUUUAAAUAUGGCUAUUACUACAGUUUUGGCUGAAAAUGACCUGUACUUUGAACUUUAUUGUUCAUGUUAUAUGACUGUGUUUUAAAAUAUGUAACCUCAGUGAUGUUUAAAACAAGACUAUUAAUGUUUUCUUUUGAUCUUAAGUAGUUGUUAAUUACCACCCUACAAGUAAUGAUUUAACUGCAACACUAUUAUCAUUGUAGUACUGCAGCAUGAAACUAAUUGUUAAUGGAAUUAUUACCGAUCAGGAGUUUAAUGUACUAUGUUUAACAGAAAUGUGGAUCAAACUAAAUGAGUAGGUAGCAUGUAAAUGAAGCUCGUCCAGCUAUAUCCAUCAGCCUCAUCUAACUGGUAGAGGAGAAGGUGUCUCAGUUAUUUUUAAUGAUAAUUAAGACGUCAUACAAAAACAUGAGAAAAAAAGCACUAUGUUUGAAGUUCUUUAUACUAACAUAUAUAGCCAAAAAAAGUCUAUCCAGUCAAUUUAGCUAAUUUUUACAGACCUGUGAUGUAUAUUUUUAAUUCCUUUGUGAAUUUGCACAUUUCAUCUUAAACCUGGUUGUUUCUUUAGACAAAGAAUUAAUUGUUGGAGACAUUUAUUAUUCAUUUUGAUAAUCUAGAAGACUCUUUGAGAAGCGUGUUCAUGUCCAUUCUAGAUUCAGUAGGGGUUAAUCAGAAUAUCAUACCUGGAUAUCCCCGUCAUGCUUGACGAUGGGGGCCUUGUUUCUUCCUCUCAUGGCGGCGUAUGCUCCGUUGCCGAUACCUUCGAACAUUUGCCUAGGAUUUUUCUUGUUGGGAUGUUCUUCGAUCUCAGCAGCUCGUUGUGACCACCAGUUGUUUUUCAUCUUGCGAAUUUCCCGUUGACAUCUAUUUCUGGCAUCACGAUAGCGAUUUCUGUUUGCUGGGGUCUCUUGCUGCAUUAGUGUCUUAAAGGCAGCAUGCUUAAAAGCAAGGAGGUCUUUUAUUGCCAUAUUGUUGUCAUCAAACCAAUCUUGAUGUUUUCUUGUUCUGUAGCCCAGUACUUCUGCCACAGAUGAAUAGCUGGUGUCUCUCAGAGUCUGCCAUUUUUCCUCGACUAAGCCUUGGAGUGGUUGGAGGGUCUCAAAGUUUUUCUGCUAGCUGUUUCUGUAUGUCUUCAUCGCAGAGGGAGGCAGUGUUAAGGCGUUUAGUCUUCUUCUGCAAGCGUUUCUGCUUGGAAGCAUGAAAGCGUAGAUUCAGUCUGGCGCACAUCAUUUUAUGAUCUGUCCAGCAGUCAGCACUUCUAACACAGCAGUCAAUGAUAUCGGACUUGUAGUGUUGGCUUACGAUGAUGUGGUCUAUCAUGUGCCAGGUCUUUGAGUGUGGAUGUUGCCAUGUACCUUUAUGUAUAUCAGGGUGUUGGAAGAGAGUGUUGGCAAUUGUAAGGCCAAAACGGGCACAAAGCUGCAACAGCAUCUCUCCUUGCUCAUUACAUGCACCGAUACCAUGCGUGCCAAGAAUCUCUGGCCACAUUUCAGCAUCUGAGCCAACUCUAGCGUUGAAAUCGCCAACCAGGAAAGUACGGUCGCCUCUUGGGAUGUCGGAAAGAGCUACAGCCAAUUGGUCAUAGAACUGAGUCUUUUCUUCCAAAGGGCGCUUGAAGGUUGGGGCGUAGAUGCUUAUUAUAGUGGCGUCACACUUCUUAGUGAGGGCUAUACGAGCUGUCAUUACCCUGGAUGAUAUUCCUUUCAAGCUUAGAAUACAAGAUCUAAGUCUUGAUUGUAUGGCAAUAGCAACUCCCUCUUGUUUGGGUUGAUCUUCCGGAUGGCCAGAGUACAGAAAGUUGUAGUCACCAUCAAUGAACUUGCCUAUGCUGGGAACUCUGCAUUCACCAAGUCCGGCGAUGUCGAUGUUGAGACGCCCAAGUUCUUCUGCUACCAGAGCUGUGCAUCUCUCGGGUGUUUGUCUGUUGGUGUUGACAUCUGAUAGCGUCAGUACAUUCCACAAGGCCAGUUUGACCUGUGUGAAGAUGUUACGGCGGGUGGGUCUAGAUCUAUUGGGUCCAAAAGGUCCCUUGGGCUUUACUCCCAGACGGUCAUACGUGCGAGGUCGUGAUCCACGCACCUGUCGAGAGGUAUGUGUUAUUGAUGAUACAAAGUCUUUAGCAGGUUUACAGUGCCACUUGGAUCAGGGUGCUGGCCUGAGUCUAGUGGGCAAGCAGGCUGUCCUCUUCCGUGCUUGCGUUCCAGAGCUGGGGGGUGCAGAGGGUGGAAGCGCAUAGCAACACAAAUCACCUAAGCUGACCCGGUACUGGCUGGUCAUUAUUGGGUGGGGUCAGGAGCUGACCUUUGACAAGUACUGACCCAGGCAUCGUGGCCGUUGAGAAAAAAAACACGUUUGCUAAUCCCUUCCGCCCUGAAGGUGGAAGCCCAGCACACUAUAGGGUUUGGACUGUCUUUAGUCAGGUCUCUCGCCAAGGGCCAAAUCCGGCAUGGUUGAACCUGCCAAGAGUACGAGGACCCUCGCUGGCAUGAGCCCCUUGGGUCCUAGGGACACGCAAGCUACUACAUCACAACAAGGUAACUGUCCUUGGUAGUAGACCAGAAUAUCAUAGGACCCACUCAUAAUGGUAGUCACACUCUCAAUCUAAUCCUUGUAUUUGUAUUAAAUAUAGAAAAUAUAGUCAAACUUCCACAGUCUGAAGCUACCUCAAAUCAUUAUCUCAUCUUAUUCAAAAUAUGUCUGAGCAAUAAUAUAUGCAACUUGCCACACUACAGUGUCAAACAUACUUUCACACUAACUGCUGCAUAAAGUUUUAUCAGUAGUUUCCCAGAGUUAUCAACUUUGAUUAGAUCACCAUCAGACCCACAGAACUAAAUGAGCCAGCUGAAUGCUUAGUCAGUGUCUACUAUACUUUCGAUAAUGUAGCUCCACUUGAAAUAAAAUAAUUCAAGAGAAAAAAAAUAGCACCCUGGUGUAACAGUCACAUGCACCUUAAAACAUAAAAUUAGAAAAUGGUGUCAAACAAAAUUGAUAAUAUUCCAAUUAGCAUGGAAGGAGAUCCUCUAUAUAGUUCCAGACAAGCUCUUAGUGCUGCUAGAUCAACUUUUCUCUCCACUAUAAUAUAACAAAACAUAAGCUUAAAUUCUUAUGUAAUACUUCAGCAAAAUGAACUAGGCCACCACAGAAACAUGCACACCUUCAGUAUGUAGUAGUGAUGACUUAAUGAAGUUUAUCAGUGGCAAAAUUGAAAAUAUCAGGCAAAAAUAUCAAGCUGUUAAUUUAAGACCAGACAAUUUGAUAAGUAUCCCUGUAGACAACAAUGCAACUACAUCAGAGCAAUGAUUUGUGUUUUACACCCCUGGGAGAGACCGAACUAAUUUCACUUCAUCAAAAUCAAAAUCUUCAACUUGUGUACUAGAUCCCUUGCCUAAAUGAUUCAGAUGUCACCAGAAGCAAUCAAACCUCUUUGAAAAACAAUCAAUUAUGCUUUUAGCAGUGGCGUUGUACCUAAAUCCUUUAAACUAGCAGUUGUCAGACCUUUGUCAGCUGUCCAAUUAUAGGCCAAUAUCAAACCUCCCUUUUAUCUCCAAGAUCCUAGAAAAAACUGGCAUAGCAGUUAUGCUUAUAUUGAUAUGGGAGUAACAUCCAUAAAAUGUAUUAGUCAGGAUUUAGAUCUCAUCAUAGGACAGCAACAGCACUGGUUACAGUAGUAAAUGACAAACUACUGGCUCCUUAUCAAAGUUGUGUCUCCUUGCUUGUGCUGCUUGACCUUAGUACAGCUUUUGACACCACUGAUCAUACUAUUCUCCUUGAUAGACUAGAAAAUGUCAUUGAAGUUAAAGGAACAAUCCUCUGCUGGCUCAGGUCUUAUUUAACUGAUCAUUAUCAGUUUGUAUAUGUAAAUGGUGACUUCUCUAUGCAUUCUAAAGUAAAGUUUGGUGUUCCACAAGGUGCUGUCUUUGGCCCACUGCUUUUUUUCUUAAAAUAUGCUGCCUCGAGGUAAUACUAUUCAUAAGCAUGGUAUUGCUUUCCACUGUUAUGCUGGGGACACAGUUGUAUGUUUCAGCAAAGUCAGAUGACAGACACCAGCUUAAUAAAAUUGAGGAAUGUGUAAAGGACACUGGAUGCUGAUUAACUUCCUUCUACUUAAUUCUGAUGAGACAUUACUAGUACUUGUACUAGGACCACAUGCAGCGAGAAGUAAGUUUUCUGAUUACUGUACAUAGUAAUUCUUGAUGGUCUUUCUGUUUCUUCAUGGGCAGCAGUAAAAGACUUUGGUGUGA